AACCUUUUGGGCAUCUUUGCCUCGAAAUCCGUAAUAACUGCUAAGAAGUUCAAUGAGAAAGUAAAAAAUUGAAAUCGCGUCGAAACUAAAAGUAUUUUCCGCAAGUAUUACGAAUGUGUCUUUUGGAAAAAUGAAACGCUACAGCCAAGGCGACAAAGAACUGGCGCUUAUUACAUAAAAGCCAACACCUCGCCUUCGUUAAUAACCAAACGAUACAGCCUUGUCCCAGCAUCAGAAAAUAACAACAACUGUAGCUGUAGCAGCAUCAGUGUAUUAGAAGAAGUAUUUGUAGUUAGAGGAGCAGCCAUCACACACAAUGAGCGUCUUUGAUGACUUUCAACGCCUGUGGGUGCAACGAUUUCCACAAAGCUCACUCUCUGAUGCCUGGGAGCAGGAUGUACGUGCCAGCCUCGAGCGGCACAAGCUUAAAAUAGGCGAGCUAAGUAAAGAGCUGGAGCAGGAAACAUUAUAUGUGGAGUACUUGGAGCGUCUACUAUCCGAUGUUGAGAAAUAUCGUGAAUCGGGCGGUGAUCCGACAACGCUCUUUGAAGCAGCCACUGGCAAUGCAACGUCACCGUCUCAGCAGCAACCAGCUAUGGCAGCAUCAUCAUCGAGCGGCAGCAGCACAGCCUCUAAUGGUGCAACUGGCGUGGAUAAAGAUUUUAAAUCGAGCUUAAAUCUGCGUGAAGCAUCCUCAGGGGUUGGCAAGGAUAAGGAGAGACUGUCGCUGAAUGCGGACAACAAAUACACACACACAAAUGCCGGUGGUAGCAGCGGAUUGGCCACGGCUCCGGUGAAGCGUAAUAGUGCGGAGCACAGCUUCGAACGUGAAGACAAGGACAGUGGUAACGAAAAGGAUGCAAAUGGUGCACUGCAGCAGUGCAUCAGUGAACUGGCGGCGUCCAUUGGCAAAAGUGGGGAGCAAAAAGCUACACAAAGCGACAACAAGCAAGAAGGAGGUGGAGAUGGCAGUGGUGUUGUCAGCAUUGACAAGGAGCCAAAGCCACUGCGAAAGCCAUCGACGCACUUUGUAACCGUAAUUCAGGUCAAGGAGGCCAAAGACAAAGACAACGAUGAUGCAGCAACGAUGGGGAGCAAUGAGACGCCAACGGCAGCAACGACGUUCGGUCGCUAUGCGUCGGAGCGUGGCAAAGUGGAGCCCACAGCAUCGUCAUCGUUGACAUCGCCCGCCAUGUCCGCCUCAUCGUAUGCCACACAUUUGGAGGCAAAAAAGAAAAUGCCACCCAGACCGCCGCCAAAGGCCACAAGACGCGUUGAGCCCCCCACCAUUCCCAACUCACAACAGCUCUCGUCAUCCCCUAAGCGUGAAAUGCCGUUCGUAGGCAGUAGCAUGCCAUUGCCCUCAACUGGCAGUUCCGGGGGCAGCCUUUCCUCCAGCGAAAGUCCCGGAAACUCACUGGAACGCAAUGUCAAACCAUCAGACGUACUGCGUCAGAAAUCAUCCGAGAAUCUGGAGGCCAAGUCAACAUAUGCAGCGAAUCGCAAAACAACACCCGAGCUCAGCAAACUGGCGAAUACGCCCGAAUUGAUGGAAGAGCUGGGUCGCAAAGUAGGAGGUGGCAGUGUCAAGGCGGACAGUCUGGAGCAUGCUAAGCGCGCGGAAGGCGCUGCUGCUGCCGGCGGCGGCAGUUUAGGACGCACUGGCUCCACACCUUCGCGCACCUUGACACCCGGUCGGAGCAGUAUUGGAACGGUGGGCGCCUCGCCAACGGGCAGUCUCAACAAGAACAGCGCCAAGCUAGCUGCCGCGGAUAGCAGCUCGACGAGCAGCCUUGAAAAGAAGUCUCGCAGCUCACUGCAGGCCAGCGACAUUGAGGCAACUGUAGGUGGAAGCACAGCAAACAAUCAGCGCAGUGCAGGAUCAAAAGAAUCGCUGUCAUCACAAGGCAGAUCAGAAGUUAUCAAGAGCUACGAGUCAGUAUCAUCGCUGAGCUCGGACAGUGCCAAAGCGGCCGCACAUCAAGCGGAUAAUGAGCCGUACUAUGAUAGCGUGCCAUUGGAUAAUGGCGAUAGUGAAUAUGUUUUUAUCAAGCCCGGUCGCACCGGCUCCUCGUCUAGUCGUGAUGACCUCUCUACGCCCGGCAGUACACUGCCUAUGGCACAAUUAAGUAGUCAGGCUAGCGUAACGGAUCCUGAAUCUCCCGGUCGUACCUCCAACUAUGCGAACAUUGAUUUCUUUCUACAUCAAAGCAAUGAGACCCGCUCGAGCUCAUUGGACAGCGACGGAGACUACGAGGGCCCCAACAUAUUGCGCACCAUUUCACACGAUGAGCAAACAUCACAGACGCCAGGUGCAUUACGCAAGGUAUCGGGCAAUGCGCGUGGCGCAAAAAUUCGUUCCAUGCUUAACUCCAUCAUACAUAGCGAAACCAUCUUUGUGGAAUGUUUGAAUAAAAUGAUUCAGUAUAAGAAAGCAAUACAUGCCACCCACGGCACAUCACAGCCUGUGAUUAAAGAGGAUGAGGAGAAUACGAUUUUCUUCAAAAUAGAGGAACUAUACGAGGUGCACACCGGAUUUUUGGCUGACCUGAAGACAAUUGUGGCUCACGAAGGCGGAGAUGUGUUGGUUGGUGAGCCCUUUAAGCGUCUUGCCGACAUGUUCGACCUGUACAGCGCCUUUCUGCACAACUAUGGCCAGGCCAUAGAGACGGUUAAGAAGUGCAGUGCAAGCAAUCCACAAUUCAAGAAGAUCGUAUCGACCAUUGUGGUCAAUCUGCAAACAGAACAGUCGAUGACGCUAGAGGAUCUGCUUCAUAAGCCCGUUGCUCGUGUGCAGAUCAAUGCGCUUGUCUUCAACGAUCUACUACGCGAAACGCCGCCCAAUCAUCCGGACCACCAGCCCCUGCGACAAGCGCAGAAGAUCAUCCAGAUGUUCCUCAAUCAGUUCAAUGUGGUUAAUCAACGGCUGCCCACUGAAUCGAAUCGUAAUUUGCGACGCAUGGUACGGAACUCGUUUAUUGUGGAGCUGGUCGAUGGGCAUCGUAAGUUGCGUCAUCUCUUCCUCUUCAACGACGUGAUCGCGUGUGCUAAAUACAAGGCUCAGGGACGCGAACGCAUAGAUUAUGAGCUGAAAUGGUUCAUAGUGCUCAAGGAUGUGAGUGUGUUUGAGGAGUCAGAGAAUGGAGCGGAUCUCAAGGAAUCUAGUCCCGCGAACAUUUCGCAAGUAAAGCGCAAUCUGCGCUCUGUACGCGAUCAACUGAUCCUGGAAGGGAACGGAGUGCGUACCGGUGACAAAUACAGGCGCAAGCUGGCCGAUUUGGAGUCACAGCUGGUGCUGGCCUCGCCCAAUCUUGUACUGCGUCUCGGGAACAAGGCGAACAACAAGAUUAUGACGUUCUUCCUAAGCUCCGACUAUGAACGCACAGAGUGGAUUGAUUCAAUCAUGUCGCUCAAGCAAAAGUGUAACCUGCCCGGUGCCAAUACGAUCAACUCACUUGAAGUGACGGCCUUUAUUGUGGCCAUGCAGAAGGGCAUGAAGACUGAAAUGGGCUCGUAUCUGAUGCGCAACACAAAUGACGAGAGCCUGCUUGUUGGUGACCUACACAUGAGCGUGCAGGGCCUCACUGGUCUGGAACAGCCGGCUGACCUGUAUAUAUGCCUCGAGGUAGACUCAUAUGGACACUACUUCCGCAAGGCCACCACCAAAAUGAUCUGCCGCAGUGUCAGUCCGGUAUGGAGUGAGAGUUUUGUGCUUGAACUGGAGGGCAGUCAGAAUGUGCGUGUGCUGCUCUACGAGGCCAAGGAGCGGCCCCUCUUGCGUGCCAAAUACACUCUGAAGUUGAGCCGAAGCUGGCUGACGGAGAGUACACAGUCGCGCACUAUCAAGUUGAGCGAAAUGCUGGAGCUAAACGCGACAUUUAGAUUUGUGCCUGGCGAGCUGUGUCGCGCCACAACCAAGCCGGGCGCUCUCUUUGGUGCCAAAAUGAUUCAAGUAUUAAAGCGGGAAAAACGCGAUACUCCAUUUAUAAUUAUUGCCUGCAUACGCGAAGUGGAGCGUCGAGGCAUGCAGGAGGUUGGCAUUUAUAGGGUUAGUGGCCCUGCCUCCGAUCUGGUAAAACUCAAGAAAUCAUUCGAAUCGGAUCCCUAUGAGGCCGAACAGCUGUUGCGGGAGGUGGACAUACACUCUGUGACAGGUAUACUGAAGACAUUCUUGCGCGAAUUACCCGAGGCGUUAUUCUCCGAUGUGCUCUACCCCCGCUUCUUCGACACAUUCAGUGUAUUUAGCAAUAACAACGAAGCGACGCGCAUUAACGAGCUGCUCAAGGUUUUCGAGGAGCUGCCGCAGGCGAACAAAGCCUCAAUAAAUUUGAUAUUGGAUCACUUAAUCAGAGUGCACGAAAAGGAGAAGGACAACAAAAUGUCUUUGCACAAUUUGGCCAUGGUAUUUGGACCGACACUGCUGCGGCCUGGUCAGACGCAAGUGAAGCAAAAGGAUCCCUUGGCCGCCAGCACAGUCGAUGUAAUGGCACAGGCCGGCAUACUCUACUGUUUUCUGCAGGCGCGCAUUAAGAAGGAAUAGAUAUUUUUGUAGCGAGUUGCUAGUUUUAUCUACAAAACACAUUCUUACAUUUGUUUCAAAUGUAUGUAUAUGCGAAGACAACAGUUUGGCCACAGGACACAAAAAACACACCCAAUCGCAAGCACACACAAACACACACCCACACACACGCUUCGAUAUGUACAUAAUGACAAGAUGACAGGAUUUGAGCUGAAGGAUUCGGGCCAAGCUUGAAGCGAGUGCAAAAAACCUAAUGUUAUCUAAAAAGGAACAAAGUGCUCAAUGGGGGGCGUUAAAGCGGUACAUGAGGCCAAAAACCAAACACGCCAAGCACACACACAUACACAUGCUCAAGUGUUAAACACACAUACACACUCACACAGACAGUCGGCCUUUGGCACAAUGCGCACUUUUUCCUUUUGGCUUUUCUUAGCUUAUUAUGCUGGGCAUGCUGUUUAUUGCCUGGCACAGAUACAUACAUAUAUACUCGUAUAUACAUAUAUAUAUAUAUAUACACAUAACGAUAUGCUUUACCUCUAUUUAUAUAUUUACAUUAUAGUACUUACUGUUUAAGCUGCGUAGAAAGCCCACACGUAAACACACAACACACACACACAGACAGAGAAACACACACUAGCACAAACGCCCCCUCGCCCCGCUGCAACUAUUUACUAAAAAUUGAAAGAUUUCAAUAUUAUAUAUGUAUACUUAUUAUAAAUGUAAUGCUAAAUAACUAACCAUUUGACAAAUGCUUACUUUUAUUAA